CUUUCCUUUCCUUUCCCUUCCCUCCACCGUUGCUUCCUUGUUUCCCUUGUUUUCGAUGUGUUUCUUCUUAGACGAUUCGGGCCUAAUCGUAAGCCAUCUUCUUUACAAAACGGCUGUUGUUUUAGCAGUCCUAAGAUGGGUCUUGGUUUGGGCUCUUAAUCUCAGGUUUAAUCACGUCGAUGGCUCCUCUUCUGCUCAAUUUUCAUUGGAUUCCCAACACGAUUCUUCUUCUUCACCGGAAAUGAUCAGAGACAACUUGGUCCUGACAACCUUUGGAGAUGCCAAGCAGAGGAUGCCUUGGGUUUCCGACACGUGUGCCGUCUGCUUGUGUGAGCUGAAGGAAGGCGAUGAUGUAAGGGAACUGAGGAACUGCUGCCACGUGUUCCAUCAGGAUUGCAUUGAUAGAUGGGUUGAGUAUGAUGAAGAUGAAGAUGAAGAUGAUGAUAAUCAUAAGAGUUGCCCCCUUUGCAGAGCUCCUUUACUAACUUCUUCUCUAAGCUUAGUUGGGGCUAACAAUGAACCCAGCUGGGCCGUCGAUCGCAUGCUCUACUUAUUUGGGGAUGACCUCCUUCCUUAGAUUGUCCCCCCUAUAUUUAUCUAUUUUUUGUACUCAAUCUUUCAUAUUUAAUUU